AUGGCUCCUGAAUCCGAUCUUCCCCCAAAGCUUGGGCGCGAGGAAUACACAGUGGCAUGGGUAUGUAUCCUCUACUCGGAGCUCAUGGCCGCCAGAGCCAUGCUAGAUCAAGAGCAUCAGUCCCUCCCUUGUCCUAACGACCAGAAUUCAUACGUCCUCGGCCGAAUGGGAAAACAUAACAUUGUGAUAGUACAGACACUCUCCCAAGGGAAAGCCUCCACGGCACAUGUAACUGCAAACCUGGUGAGGUCCUUCCCCAAAGUCCGCUUUGCGCUUAUUGUGGGCAUUGGGGGAGGUGCGACGACUGCACCCAAUCCUUUCGGUGGGGUGGAUAAUAUCAGACUCGGCGAUGUGGUUGUCAGCCAGCCUUCGGGGUCUCAUGGAGGCAUUCUGCAGUACGACUUUGGCAAACAGUACGAACGAGGGUUUCGGAUGGGCUCGCACCUAAAUAAGCCGGCACAUGUCCUGAUUUCUGCGACGGGGAGACUGAGGUCCAAUCAUGGCAUGAGACAAGGGAGCAUCCUGACCUUCGUCGAUGAGGGAAUAUCCAAGCUCGAUGAUGUUCACUUCACCUUUCCCGGCUAUGAGAAUGACCGCUUGUUUCGCCCGGACUAUGCUCACCCAGAAGGGAUAGCCAACUGUGACGGAUGUGACCCUAGCCAGAUAGUGACUCGAAAACAGAGCAAAGGCCCCUCUGUUCAUUACGGCCUCAUUGCCUCUGCUGAUACGGUGAUGAAGUCAGCGACUGUCCGAGAUCGGAUGCGUGAGGAGCACAACGUGAUUUGUUUCGAGAUGGAGGCUGCCGGAUUGAUGAACAACUUUCCAUGUAUUGCUAUCCGUGGCAUUUCUGAUUAUGGCGAUAGUCAUAAGAACAAUAGGUGGCAGCCCUACGCCGCUAUCACGGCAGCGGCAUAUGCGAAGGACCUCCUGGCAGUUAUUCAGCCAGAGGAAGUGGAUGGAACGGAGCUGGCUGCUACUAUAGUCACUGCAAUAAGGAAAGAAAUCGAGCCGCUCAAGGAGGCCUCUUAUGCUGUCCGUCGGAAUGACAUCUUAGACUGGAUCAGCCCCCUAAAUUUCCGCGACGAGCAACGGAGCCUGUUCCAGAACUGCGUCCCUGCCGGAAAAUGGCUUCUGGACUCAGACAAAUUCAAGUUUUGGGUCGAUGGGGCUCCUUGGCGCCUUGACUAUUGCGGAGCGACAGGAACCGGAAAAACCAAUAUUUGUGCCAUCAUAGUGAAUCAUCUGCAGCAGCAAUACCCCCGGCGACCCGUCAUCCACAUCUACCUAGAUGAGAAUAAACAGGCAGAGCAAAGUUCUCAAAACCUGCUGGGCAGCUUGCUUCGACAACUAAUCGAAUUCAAUCCAUCGGGCGAGAUCCCCCUGUCAGUACAGCAGCACUAUGACCACUACGGCCGAAGAGCCUCGCCCGAUACAGAGGUUAUCUGCAGGGCCUUUGAGGCCAUGCUUGAGAGCUAUGAGCGAACUUACCUAGUCAUGGAUCGAGUCGGCAAAAACGCGAACAUUGCGAGCGAUGUCGACCAAGAUUAUCCCCUGCAGCUCAUGGAGAGGAACCGAAAGCUUAGUUACCUUACCACGUCUUUGGGGUACACCGAAAACGCGCAGACGGUGACGUGUGACAUCUGCGGUUCGGAGGAUGUUCUCAUGUACUUUACGUGUGAAUGCAACGGCGACAAAUACGAUAUAUGCUGGAAGUGCCGGCAGGCAGGGGAAACAUGCCCCCAAAACCAUGAGGGAGUUAUGAAGCACAAGACGGUCGAGGUCGAGGUGCGGGCUCCCCAGGAAGAACUCGAGGAGUAUUGCCGUCACCGGGUGGAGUUGGUCAUCGCCAAAGCACGCAAGAAACAGGAGCAAAGGGACGAGCGGCUAAACCCGGCAGGACAUACACGGUAUAUGAUCGAAAGACUCGAGAAGCUGAGCAUCUAUAGAAUAAUCGCUGAACAUGCGCAGGGGAACUUCCUGGUGGCGAAGUGUUCGAUGGACGAUAUCCUGGCAAAGGACAUUGCCUUGGCCACGGACCAAGACCUGCUUGACAGCAUGCAAGUUAUUCCGUACGAUUCAUUGGCAAAACACGUUAUUCGAAAGCUGAAAAGUAUCGAGUACCAGCCGAUGGGCCACGAAAGGCGACUGGCAUGGGGCACGCUGUGCUUUGUCUACUCAGCACAGGUCAUGCCGACCCUGAAGAUGCUCAAGCAUGCACUGGCUUUGGGCGGUAACACAGGCUUGAUUGACCAGUCUAAAGUGGAUGAUAAAGAGUCCGUAUUGGAAGCAUGCAAGGGAUUGAUCGUGAUCUAUAGUGUUGGCGAUGACGAGUUUUCCGUCUCGUUUUUCCACGGCUGCGUCAAAGAAGUCCUGACGCGGCUUGACCAGGAAGAAGAGCCCAAAACCAUGUUGACCAAGGCACACGCCAACAUGGCCUCUAUGUGCCUAAAAUACCUCAAGCACUCAGAUGUACUGGAUCACUCCAAGAUGGUCGCAGAGUAUCCUUUCCUGUCUUAUGCCUUGGAGUACUGGGGGGACCAUGUCAGGGAGGCCUGUCUAGAGUCCGGGGAAUCAGACCAGCAAGACGCAUUCCAGUUCUUGCAAAACACCGCAAAAAUGAAAGCACUUGCUCAAGCAGUGGAGCUGGCAGAUAUCAGAGACCUUGUGUCCUGGAUCCACGAAGGAGCCCAUAGGCUUCACAUCUGUGCCUGGUUUGGGCUAUCAAGGUUCAUCAACAGGCUUGUCCGCGACAGCAACGAUGAUAGCAACAUCAACCGCCGCGAUCGACGAUAUGAUAGGACUCCCUUGCGAUAUGCUUGCUUCCGGGGCCAGGUUGACUCUGUGCGCCUGUUGCUAGAAUUGGACGCCGAUAUCGAGGAUUCCACGCUAGUAGAUGCCAUCCUCGGAUUUCCUGAUGUGAAUGCUCCGGCCCUUGAAAACGAGAAAAAUAAUCGCCGUGAAAUCGUGCGGUUGCUCCUGCAGAGUAAAAGCAUAAACAUCAACGCUAGGGUCGGUGGUUGCGGCAAAACAGCUCUUAUGCUUGCAGCGAAACGCCUCGACAUUCAAUUAGUGAAAACGCUAAUGGAAGAUGAAUCCAUAGAUCUUGAUUGCAGGGACAAUAAUGGACUGACAGUCAUGCUCCAUGGUGUACAAUCCCUUGCACAAAAUAUGGAAGACCCAGACUUGCAAGACAGCUGUCUUGAGCUUGUAAGCCUAUUCCUUCUGCACGGGGCCAACCCUAAUAUAGUUGACAACGCCGGACAAAGCCCCCUUAGCGUGGCGGUAACAACUGGCCAGACGAAGACUGUCGAGGCCCUGUUGCGAUGCAAUCAGAUAAAGAUGGCUUUUCCUAACAGGCUUGUUCACCUUGCCAGUGCAGACACACAUCCGACAGUGAUUAGCGUGUUGCAUGCCAAUUUCUCGAGGAAUCCAGGAUACAGCAUCAACGCGCUGGAUGAAGCAGGGCGCACUCCGCUCCACCAUGCAUGUCAAUCAUCUAACGGCCGUGCGCAGAAAACCAUCCAUGCAUUACUGGAGCGAGGAGCUGAUCCGAACAUUGCCGAUAAGAAUUCUCAUACAGCUUCGAUGUUGCUUCAUGCAUCCCAGAGGAGUGAUGUUGUUGCUGAUUUGGCCACUCGCUAUCUCCAUCUAAAUGGCUUAUCUUCCUCCUCGACGGAAGUCGGGCUCUCCAUCCAACACAGAGAUCUCCCGGCAUUGGCCCUCGCAAACCAACGCCGCUGGGAUCUCAUCGAAGAUGUCAUUGCUACUGCCAGCGAAAGGGCCGACCUCAAGGACCACGACCUGGUCGGGCAUACUAUCCUGCACCGUGCAGUAAUGCACGACCAACAAGACCUGGUGAACACGAUUCUGUCCGCUAGAGUCCUCAACCCAAACUGUGCUGAUCGAUACGGGCAGUCUCCGCUGCAUCUAUCGGAGAGUGUCCAUACCGCAAAGGCACUAGUCAGUUAUGGCUGUGAUAUCGACACCGUCGACUUCUCAGGGGACACUGCGCUGGCUGCUGCUCUCCGAAGAGAGAAUCGCUGCGUUGUGGAUUACCUCCUUGAAGCCGGCGCAAGCGUAACAAACACUCGCGAGGAAAUAGUACAGCAUCUGCUAGUCACAGCAACAAGGACAGGAUCUGCCAAGGCUGUUGAGGCUCUAGUUAAUCAUGAUCCUCGUUCUACUACUACUCUUCUAGAUUGGCAGGCUAUUUGUGACAGCUUUCGCGGGUGGGUUCACAUUACCUAUAGCCCGUUCAAACACGUCCCCUUGCCUUUAAUACUGUUUAUCUUCGCGGGGGUUUGUCUAGUUGAGGUCGUCUUUGCGGUUUAG